CUAGGAAUACGGAUCAAUUCAUGAUUUGGUAUAAACGCACGAUUCGUAGUUCAUUUCGUGUCAAUCGUGUCUGAGCUGCUCGACUUAAAAUGGAGCCAAAGUUGGUUCGUUUCAUAAAAUUUCAUGGAUAUCUGUACUUCAGCUGUGCUUUAGUGUUCACGAUUCGAGAACUUUCGCAGCUAACGCAAGAUGCUCUGUACGCAAGACCGCACUACUGGAACUUCGGACAAGAACUACUAACCCGAUGUCAUCCAACAGCACGGUGGAUCUUUGCCCUACUCUGGCUAUUAGCCCUGGCAGUUAUGUACUCCGGAUUGCGCUGGGAGGAGCAAGAAUAUCUUCAACCGGUGAAAGCGCUAUUUUUAAUCGAAGUGGUGAUUGUGCUUGUGCAAGACUUUGUUCAUACGAUCAAGCAUGAACCGAAUGAACGACUUAUCCGCGAUGUGCCGUACUUAUUUUUCUUUUGCGCAAUUGUUGCCUAUGUUUUGUACACUUUGGAGACACUGGCCGUUCUGUUCAGCAGGCCAAAGGCACGGAUUGUGAACAGCCCAAGCAAGGUGCCCAUUCUUGACUGUGAUAGUUCUAUGGUGUAAAAUGAUGAGCACCGGAAUGAUUAGUAUAUAAGAAUUUAUGAUACAUUAACGAAAAAAUGCACGUUCUAGAUGAUGUUGUCUAGAUAACACUAGAA